AUGCACGCACACUUCUUCCCGCUAGUGUUAUCUUUUAAUCAUGUCUUGCUCAGCACCAAAUCAUUACCAUUACUAUCAUCAAUAUUUGGCGAAGUAGAUAUUUCAUUAUUUCAUAUACUGUACAUCAUUAAAAUGUUGUGGUAUGUUCAUGCUGCUUUUGUAGCAUAUGAACAUAGAUCCGAAGCUAGAAACUUGAGACAUCAUAUCAUGCUGUUUUUAAUAUUCUUUUUUGUAUCAUCGGAAGGUGGAGGUGCCAUAGUUGAAUUAGUGUUAGGAAUGAAGAAUUCAUUUAUCGGAAGUAAUUAUAAAUUUGCUACUUCACUCAUUGUGUGGAUCGUUUGUCAUGAAAUAUUAUUUACAUCGAGAAGACAAAAACAACUAUUUUGCUCAUAUUUUGAAAAGGGCUUUUCUAAAUACCCUUUGGAAAUGGUCAAUCAAUUUCGUUUGGGUCUUGGAUUAUGUGUGGAAUGUAUCAGUUAUGAUAUUUAUUUGAGGAGAAGACGUUUAGAGGAAUUCAUCCUGAAGAUUAUCACUACAAGUACUUAUUCUUUGCAAAUCCUUUGGAAUUCAUAG